AAAUCGCAGACGACAAAAUCAGCUGUUUUAAGGAGAUGCUUCCGAACUUUUAUGACGCGUUCCUGAAGCCACCAGUCGAUGUUAUUAAUUACCCCAAGGAUGAACGAACAAACGAUAACAUCAAACCUUGCGACGAUUUAUACAGAAGGUCUAGGAAACUGGCCAUCAAAAGACCAUUUUCAAAGGUCUGGGAGAAAGUGAAAGUGUUGGAAAUGCCGGACAUACACAAUGAUUAUCUUUUUUCAAGUCAGAUGAAAGCAUGUGAACAACAAAAAAAUGAACAGAAUCCUCAAGCAAAAAGACCACGCAGAUUCUAUGUUGGUGAUCAUCAUGCAAUGAAUGGGCAAGAACCAAGAUCAUCGAUUAGACUUUUCUCGGGAACAGGGAUGAAAUGUUCUACAAACAGGUCAAUGCCAAUCUCGGAAGUAAACCAGUCAAAUCAACAACAGUGUUUCGUUGUGAAAGAAAAAGAAAUGACGGCCUUUUUUAAACUGAUGAAUGAUGAUCAUCUGCAAGACUUCCUUUACAUGGACAAGUGUAAAAGAAUUUCUGACAAGUAUCUGAUUGCCAUGGUGUUUGCCUUUUUUAAAAGAGCACAAUUGAAGAUCAGAGAGUACACAAGGAUGAAUUUCUUCAUUGGCUUAUAUUUGGCAAAUGACAUGGAAGAAGAUGAUGAAGAGGCUAAAUAUGAAAUUUUUCCAUGGGCUCUUGGUCACAAAUGGAGAGACAGAUUCCCACGAUUCCUUCGAAGAAGAGACUUGUUCUGGGCUAAGAUCGGAUACAAAGCUGUUGUCAGCAAGCGCUGUUGUGAAGAGAUAAUGGAAAUAGACAAGGAAUCUCUAUUAUGGAGGAGAAAUCGCCCACUUCAUCAUGGCGGGGCGGUGAGGAGUUACAAUAAAGACCCUGAUGACGAUGGCUACCCCAGAGGCCCAGAAGCAUCUCCGAGAUCCUGUCCUGACUGCAACAAUGACAGUCAGUACCAUUCUACUGCUAGUCCUGCAUCAUGUUUUCUAUCUUCUGUGGAUCACUCUCCUAUUAUUUUUGAUGGGCAAAAAUCAACUUUUGAUAUGAAACCUCUGAAGAUAACUCUACCACAAGAUGAUGCUUGGCCAAGUUUAGAGGAAUGACAGCUGCUGAUGAAGAGGAAGGAAAACAUUUAUCUGUAUUAACCUUCAACUAUCAAACUUUGUGAUAACAUUUUGUUUCUUUGGAAUCAAAUCUAUAAGUGCUGGCUACUUAAUAAUUUAUCAGACUGUUUUACAUAUUAAAGCCAUUUGCAAUGCUAGAAUAUUUGUGUAUUUGUACAUAAAGGGAUUGAGAA